UAACACGCACUGGACGGAUAUGACAGCAGCGAAGCGGCUGCUGCAGGAGGAGUGGCUCUCAGCUCCGCGCGCAUCUUCACUCGACUCAACUCGACACCUCACUGACAUCAACGCCACACACUGGAAUAAACCCAUCAGGAGCGAGGAAAACGACGGGCAAAUAACACUCGCACUACGCAGGUGAUGUGACAGAGAAGACAUCCUGUACGGUCAGACUACAGGAAGCUGGAGAUGAGGAUUGUGGGAUUGUGGAGGACUGGGCGUUACAGUCCCCUGCUGGUCUUUCUGCUCCACUCGCUGCUGCCUCUUAUACGGCCCAGUAAUGCUGGAAAGCAGAAUAUACCACGACUACAGCUCUCUCAUGCAGAACUGAGGUCGAGGAACAGCUCUGCUGUGUUCUGGGACGGUGGAGAGAGGGGAGCAUACCAGGCCCUACUGCUGGAUGAGGACCGCGGAUGGCUGCUGGUCGGAGGCCGAGACCACAUCUACAUGCUAAACUCUGACAGCUUCACCCAACCGGCACGCAACAUUCACUGGCCAGCUGGACAGGAACACAUUGAACGCUGCAAAUAUGCAGGAAAGAAUCUAUCGAUGGACUGUGCCAAUUACGUGAGACUCCUACAGCCCUUCAAUAAAACGCAUGUCUAUGUAUGUGGAACCGGUGCGUUCCACCCACAGUGCACCUACAUUGACCUGGGACACAAUCUUGAGAAACCCACUUUCCGGCUCCUCAGCCAAAUUGGAGAAUCCGGGAGAGGAAAAUGUCCCUUCAGUCCACAGGAGCCCUUUACCGCCCGACUGACAGAUGGGGACCUGUAUGCUGGGACGUCAGUAGACUUCAUGGGAACAAACGCUGCCAUUUUUCGCACAUCUGUGCAUAGCAGCAAUCAACACUAUAUCCGCACUGAAGCUUACCAGGACCAGUGGCUAAAUGAGCCGGAGUUUGUGGGAUCAUAUUCCAUCCCUGAAACACACAGCUUGGACGAUGACAAAGUCUACUUCUUCUUCAAAGAGACCGCUGUAGAGUCCAACCAGCUCGACAAGCGUAUCUACAGUCGAGUGGCUCGUGUCUGCAAGAAUGACAUAGGUGGAAAACGAAGCUUGAUUAAUCGCUGGAGCACCUUCCUGAAGGCCAGGCUGGUGUGCUCUGUACCAGGACCUGGAGGCAUGGACACACACUUUGACGAGCUGGAGGACAUAUUUCUCUUGGAGACCAAAGAUCCACAGAAUCCAGUCAUCUACGGUGUCUUCUCCACUUCCAGCUCUGUCUUCAAAGGUUCAGCCGUUUGCGUCUAUACCAUGGCCUCCAUCCGAGCCGCCUUCAACGGGCCUUUUGCGCAUAAGGAGAGCCCUGAUUAUCGCUGGAUGGAGUACAAGGGGAAGAUCCCUUAUCCACGGCCGGGGACGUGUCCAAGUGAAACCUAUGACCCUUUGCACAAGUCCACCCGAGAUUUCCCAGAUGAUGUUGUGAGCUUCAUGAGGACCCAUCAGCUGAUGUGGGAACCAGUGAUGCCCAUCCAUAGGCGUCCUGUCUUCACUCGGAUCAACACCCCCUACAGGCUGAAGAAGCUUGUGGUUGAUAGGGUUGAUGCCGAGGACGGCCAGUAUGAUAUCUUACAUCUUGGCACAGAUGAUGGCAGAGUAUUAAAGGUGGUCUCUGUACCUAAAGAGAACUGGGAAACUGAAGAAAUCAUUCUAGAAGAGCUUAAUGUCUACAAGUGGCGGCUCAUGGGCUUUAAAAUGGAGGAGGCACACUAA